CUUCCGCCCCCGGGCUGGGAAGGAGCCGGAAGUCUGGUGGGCUGCGAACACCGAGAUGGAGGAGGGCGAGUACGAGUCGGUGCUCUGUGUCAAGCCGGAGGUGCACGUCUAUCGCAUCCCACCAAGGGCUACCAACCGUGGCUACAGGGCUGCGGAGUGGCAGCUGGACCAGCCAUCAUGGAGUGGCCGGCUGCGGAUCACUGCAAAAGGGCAGGUGGCCUACAUCAAGCUGGAGGACAGGACCUCAGGCGAGCUCUUCGCUCAGGCCCCGGUGGACCAGUUUCCCGGCUCGGCCGUGGAGAGCGUGACGGAUUCCAGCAGGUACUUCGUCAUCCGCGUCGAAGACGGAAACGGGCGACGGGCGUUUAUUGGGAUUGGCUUUGGGGACCGAGGCGACGCCUUUGACUUCAACGUUGCCUUGCAGGACCAUUUCAAGUGGGUGAAACAGCAGUGCGAAUUUGCAAAGCAAGCCCAGAACCCAGACCAAGGCCCCAAAUUGGACCUAAGCUUCAAGGAGGGCCAGACCAUCAAGCUCAACAUUGCGAACAUGAAGAAGAAGGAAGGAGCAGCCGGGACUCCCCGAGCCCGGCCUGCCAGCACAGGGGGACUGAGCCUGCUUCCCCCUCCCCCAGGGGGGAAAACGUCCACCCUGAUCCCGCCCCCUGGGGAUCAUUUGUCUGUAGCGGGGUCCCUCGUCCAGCCAGAAGCUGCUCCCGGUUCAGGAGGGACCACUGGGUCCUGGCCCCAGCCCAAGACUGCCACUACUGCCGCCGCUGACAUCUGGGGAGACUUCACCAAGUCCACAGGGGCGACCCCCAGCCAGGCCCAGCCGGGCACGGGCUGGGUGCAGUUCUGACCGGAGCCCAGCUGUCUGUACUUGCAUACGACUUGAGAAAGGAGCCGCCUCGUCUGGGCCGAGGGAAGGAGGACGGGACGGAGCACUGCCCGGCGGCCUCUCUCCUCUCCUCCUCGCUCGACUCUCCGAAGACCAGGAACGUUAGGCAGUCCGAGGCCACCGUGUCUCAUGUUCUGGGACUCACGUGUGCAGCCAGGACACAGGAGGGGACAUGCUCCAAGGCCCUGCCCCUGUCUGCCCUCUUGACUUGAGAGAGACUCUGAGACUACUUCUCCAUCACAAUGACCCGCAAUAAACACAAGCCCCCAAAAGCAAAGAGGGGUUCAGUGUGCUGCCUGGCCUCCGAUCGGCCCGCUCAGGGACGGCGGGUGUCGCGGGAUCGCCCUUCGGAGGGGAGCGCCCUGCACUCCAGGGGGCUGCGGCCGCUCGCCCAGGCGCUUUCAGAGGAGGGUUUCCCUGCUGGUCCCCAGCAGGCUCAGAGGCUGCGGCUUGAACGGACAGUCCGAGGAGAGUCGGGAGCAUUAACCAGUUUUCUGAAAUCUUUUUAAUACUUGCUUUGCUCGUGUGCUGAUCUGCACUAACUCGUUACCUUUGCCAAAGGGACCCUUCCUGCCCUGGGCCCUGGGUGGGGCCUCCGAAAGCCUGUCUUUCUGUCGGCCGCAGGCGCCACCCUGGGCUCUGGGAAGCCGUGUUCAUCGUGGCCAUGUGGCCUGGUUUCCGUGUCUUCCAGGCUGGGCAGGCAGUGCAGGGCCAAGGCAGCGCAGGAAGCCGGGAGGAGCGGCCUUGGGGCAGGAAACCGGAAGCUGUUCUUUGGAGGUGAGGACCCGCUGGCAGCCGUGCGGGUGUCCGGGCCCACCGUGCAAUCCUGUGGGCUGGGGUGUUCUCCGUGGGCGUGAACUGCCUUGUCUGCAGACAGCUCUCUCGCCCCUGCAGGGACUGCGUGACAGGAGAGCUCCGGCUGAGCUCCGGGGGGGCCUGUGUUGCUGGUUUAUGAGAAAUAACUUUAUCUGAGCAUUCCUCUAGACUUGCUUCUAUCAGUUUUACCUCUCAAAGAUUUCUGAAGGGUCAAGAUGAUGAACUGACAAAAGUAUUUGCCUUUUUGUGGGACCAGAUUUCUAAGAUAAAAAAAUAAAUAUUUUUGCUUCUGUC